UUUUUAAUCAUUAUCUAUUGACAUUUGACCCCCACCAUUGUUCAAAGAUGACUUUUGAUGUAUAGUUAUAACACACCUAAAUGUGCUGGCCUUUAAAAUCGUGCUUCUAAAAAUAGUGUUUUUUGAUCGUGUGACCUAAUUGAUGAGGAAGUGUCUUCUGGCAAAAUAUCAACAAUGGCGUCAUAAAAGGAGAUAUGGGUGUUUUUCCAGCAUUAUUGGUUUUCUUCUUUACCAUUGGGUGUAUAGACAUAACAUCAUCGAAAGCAGCUCGAUUUCUAUUCGAUGACCUCCUUCACGGUGGUGACUUUGCACUUUGUCCAGCUUGCUGCCCUUGUUAUGACUACACGAAAGAUUAUGGUCCCCUAUCUUGGUCCCAUCCCUACCAUGCUGUACAAUGCCAUCAACAGAACCGGCCCGACUGUGACUAUCACCUCGAUCAAUGCAAGGGAUACUGUCUCAGUCAUUUCACCACUAGACAGAAGACCUAUGAACCUCCUACCUAUCCUCCAGUUCAUGUCAUGACCUCUGUGCCGGCGACUCCGAUGAAUCCUGCUCCAACGACCUUUGCCCCUGUCACAUCUGCUCCGAUAACGUCUACACCCAUGGCCUCUGCACCAGUUGGCUGUGAGAAGAUAAAAGUAUUAGACGCUGUUGCGUUAAAUGUCGCGAUUACACUUCACACCAACUUUCAUAAAGAAAGUCUGGGACAUCCAGACAAUUCACCUUCGGAUGACCUCGUGUACAGCGUUUGUGACGUCACAACUCAGUCAACUCUCUACAAAGGAUCCAAGAUCAUGAGAAACUGUUACAAUCACAGCCCUUACACAGCGAUCAAGGCAUUCGACGUAGGAACAGGAGAAGUAAGGAACCUUUCCCUGGCCUUGUCAGGAGUGUUCCUGGAGUGUGUUCCGAAUGGAUUUAAGAUGGUAGUCCAGUCAUGUGAGAGCGCCCCCUACAUACUGACGAUUACAGAUGAUAACCACCAGGGGGCGCUAGCUCCCGAAUUUUAUCACAUUGUCGAGACAUAGAUAAAAUGCUGCGAGGAAUAAUACAGAAAAUAAAGUGAUUUG